AUGGAUGCCCCAGAAGAUCGAGAUGUCAAGUUACAAAAGGUUUCAGGCGACCUCCUCCUUCGGUUUAAGGAAUCCCUCCCCCGCCUUUUACACGAAGAUGGCUCUGCCCGGUCAACAGUUGGCUCGAAGGAAGUUGACUCCAUGAGAGUUCUUGUGGGCAUUCCUACCUCCCCGCCCGUAUGUUGAUUAACAUUUCACAGAUAGAACCGUUCCAAGAGUCUCCGCAACUCCUCGAUCCGUAUUUAAACUCGUUUCUCACACCGCUUACGAGCGCUUUCCUGGCUCUUCUCGAUACUUCAAAUGCGAAGACUCCUCCACCCCCGUUGGCCAAAUCAACAGGUUUCGACCGUGCGGAAAUAUCAUCUCAUGAAGCAAUUUCUAGGUUACUUUACACGCUGUGCAAGAUCCGGGGCCCCAAAAUUAUUACCCGAUUUCUACCUAACGAACCCCGCUGGUUAGAACCACUCACAUAUCUACUUACGCUUCAAAGUACAGAAUCCUCAGGCAGCUGGCAAUUUCGGUUCAUUUUAUUGCUAUGGUUAUCGCAUUUACUCCUUACACCCUUCGAUAUAAGCACCAUCUCGACCCCAAGCACGGAGCCGAUACCGCUUCCAGAGCUCCUUGAUAUCAAAGAGCUACCCGACCUAUCUAGGCAACUCCUCCAAUUGGCAAUUGCACAUCUUGCCUCACCAGGAAAUCGCGAGAGCGAAACCGCAUCACUCUUGAUUGUUCGGCUGUGUAUCCGGAAGGAUAUGGGGUUGUUGGGACUUCUCCCAGCUAUGAUUUCAUGGUGUCUGGUCACUUUUUCAAUUAAGCAAGAGUCUACGGAUUCAGCAUACGCUAGCCUCUUCCGAAAAGCUAGUAUUCUAUCCGUUCUGGCUGGCUUACUGGCUCAGGCCGAUCGCAUUGCGAUCACCCCAUUCGUCAUGCCGAUAUUUAGGCUCGUACAAAGAAUUGAGUCCGAAGACGGGAAGGAAUGGGACUCUGCUAGCAUUAGAAGGCUUGGGACAAAAAUAUACCGAUGGGUUGCAAUAUUAUCUUUGACUAGAGAAGGCGAAGAGAGGGGCGAGGACAAUGUUGUCGAAGACAUAAUCGAACGACUACUAAGCUCUCUUGGUGAUAGAGAUACCGCCGUGCGUCUUGGUGCUUCGAAAUCGCUCGCAGUCAUUUCGAGAAAACUACCGCCAGAUAUGGCUGGGGAUGUCCUAGAAGCUGUUAUGGGUAUCUAUGAGGAGGACAUAUUCUAUUCUCCUCGUUAUGGACCAAAUAGAAAGAAGAUGUUUACAGCAGUCAACGCCGAGAAAUGGCACGGAGCAACGCUUACGCUUGCCACAUUUCUCCGGGAAAGGGCUGUCCGUAGUACAAAUGUGCUAGAACGUGUGGUUCACUGCAUAAUAACUUCUUUGUCGUUUGAACAACGGAGAACUACAUUUGCUGCGGGCGGGAACGUGCGCGACGCUGCUUGUUAUGCUGCCUGGAGCCUUUCUCGGUCGUAUACAACUGAUGAGUUGAGGGCCGUGGGCAACUUUGAUCGGCGAGGGUUUAUCCAGCAAGUUCUUGCUACUGAGUUGAUUGUUGGCGGGACACUGGAUCCCCUAGGGAAUAUCCGGCGAGCCGCAUCUGCAGCUUUGCAGGAACUUGUAGGAAGACAUCCCGGAAUGGUUGAGGAGGGUAUAAAAGUUGUGCAUGUCGUGGAUUAUAACGCUGUUGCACUACGCCGGAGAAGCGUGGUCAAGGUUGCAGCGGAAGCAGCAGAGCUGGGUAGUGGGUACUGGCAUGGAAUUACCAGCGGGAUGAUAGAAGGGUGGCGGGGCAUCGGCAGUGGUGAUGUUGACGGGAGGAAAUUGAGCGGGGAUGGCCUUGGAGAGUUGAUAUACAUUACCCUACCCGGAGAUGAUGAAUACCCAAGCGGCAAAAUUGCUGAGCGUGCGGUGGAGACUGUAUCAUCUCUUCUCCGCCGAAUCCAGACUGAUGGGAAAGGAGAUGUUGAAAUAUACCAUGGCGCAACUUGGGCUCUGGCCUCCGCGAUCCUUGCUGUCCCUCCUAAUGUGUUUACCCCGAUAAAAUCGUCCUUACUGUUGCCUCCGUUUGAGAAGCUCACAGGAAAUGAAUUUCUUAAUACCCUCCUUCGCCCAGAAUUAACUUCCGAAUCGACAUCCCGUCUUGUCUUUGCUCUUUGUCACCUCAAUCCUCUCCCAAUCCCUGUUGUCAGACUCUAUACCGCCAUACUAGAGGCAAGUCUGGAUCGCAAUGAGGACAUGGUCCUUCAACAAGCCGUACCAGCAGCUAGAAAACUCAUAGCUCUGUCAUCACUCCCGAACAGGGAAAACUUAAUUACAUCUUGGAAUCGCCGGGCAUCUUCCAACCGGAAAAAACGUGGGUACAUUCUUGCCCUGGGCGAAGUCCUUCCAUUCCUUCCAAGUCCCACAAACCUGCGAAAAGCUACUGUUUCGUCACUAUUGAAGGCAGCCGCUUCUGAGGAAGUUGAAUGUCGGGUAGCCGGUAUAACAGCUAUUUCCAGGGGAAUUUUAUCAGAAGAAGAUUCUACGGAGGACGUGAGCCAGACGAUAGUAAAUUCCCUCGAUGACUACGAGGUUGAUUCACGAGGUGAUGUCGGUAGUUGGGUGCGCUCGGAAGGGAUUAAGGCCGUAUUUGAGCAGUGGGAACGCUUAGGGAAUGAAGAUGCUCAGUGGCAGAUUCUGGAAAGAAUAGUUCGUCUUUGUGCCGAAAGACUCGACCGAAUUCGAGUGAGGGCUUGUGAAGCUUUUGUGAGAAUAUCCGAGAGUGAGAAGUGGAAGGGCCUAGUCGAGUACAUUAAUAUGUAUGGCUUAUCCCUCCAGGCCCAUUCCCAAUCCUUUGCUAAUCGAUAAUAGCCAAGUACUUAAAUCAGAGAUAUCAACCACCUCUGUCUCAUCGCAUGAAUACUUUACAUCUCUGAUAUCACUGCUAACCCACCCUCGCCUCUCAACGCCAUUCCUGAAAGGCCUUGUACUCUCCGCUGGCGCAGGGUCGGACAGUCUAUUAAAAACCUCACGGGCAGCCCUGCUAUCCUUUCUAUCAAACACUUCCCCAAAACCUAUCCUAAUCACCCUAACAUCACUCCUGCCACAUGAAAGAACCACAAUCCCAACACUAGAGGUCAUGUCAGCGAUCUUGGAAUCAAUUCCCUGCGCUCCUCCUGCAAGCUUGUUUCCUUCUAUUCAAAAGGCACACUAUAAAAGCGCCAAUCACGGCAGAUUAUCUGCCGCAGUGAGGGUCUAUGGUGCGAUCUACAUGAACGAGGAUAAACUAGGAAGAAAGGCUGUGGUUGACAAGCUCGUGGCUAUGCUAAAUCACCCAUUCCCAAAAAUCAGAGAGGGGGCUGCUGAAGUUUUAGUCGGUGUUACUGGGUGUUUGGGAAAUGAGACUAAUGGAAAGGCUAUAGAAGCCUUAACUGGAUGGGAUUGGCUCGGCGGUGGGAAGGAAAGAGGGGCUGUUAUUAAGAAGGUGAGAGGGUGCUUCGACGCGCAGUAGGUGCAAAAGAGAUAGGGAGACGCCUUGAGGGCGCAAGAUCCCUAGCAAGACGAAAAAACUACGUUUUACUAACUAACUAUACAUGUAUCGAUUCACUCCGGGUUGCAGAGAUAUAACUUAGUGCGCAUUAGGUGUUACCCCAACAUUCAACCAAUUCGUCGAGUGAUGACCCAUGCCAUUGAAUCUCGACAAUAUUGGAAGACUAAUCACAUAUAAAACCCAUUGUAUUAUAAUCCAAGGCAUUAUAUUAUCAGACUAUUAUAUUAUAAUUUCACCACGCCAAAAAUCGGACC